AACUUGGAGGACGUCUUUCUAAAGGUGUGUCGCGCCGAAGACGAGAAACUGGUCGGCGUUUCUAUGCCUCCAACGAUGGCCAGCAUGAGAGCCAACGCAUCCAAUGGCCAACACUUGCAGUCCGUAACCACCGCUCAGACAAAGAAAGUCUCGCACUCAACGAAUACUGUUCAGCGAUUCGGCGCUUUGAUUGAGAAAAACUUCAUUAGUCUUUAUCGACAGAAAAUGUUAUUCUUAAUACAGAUAGUGAUGCCAAUGAUAGGCAUCGCAUUGUUCUGCGCCUGUAUUGGGGGUAAACUCCGGGACUUAGACGUUGUCGUCUAUAAUGAAGACUCUCCCGCGUUGUUGAGCGAAAUAUUUCUCACUCAUAUCGAUAACAAAACUAUACUUUGGAAUCGAUUCGCCGACAACGGGUCCGCCUAUAACGAGGUAAAAGUGGGCAACGCUUACGGAGAACUGGUCUUCGGCCCCAACUUCACGGCUGCUCUAAUGGCGAGAGCGGCGGCGACCAAUCUCCAGGUGUCCGACGAGACCAUAGCGAUGAGUACUGCCAUGUUUUACGCCGAUCUGACCGACAUGAAUAUAUAUCAGACACUAUUCAAGUCUCUAUUGGAAACGAACUUUGCGUUUAUGAAAGAUAUGCUAAACAGGUCGGCACUGAACCCGAAGCCCAACAUCAAAGCCCUGAACCCAAUCGUCAACGUAAACAAAGAUCCAAUCUAUGGCACAACGGAUCCCAAAUUCCGAGAGUUUAUGACUCCCGGACUGAUUGUACUCAUGAGUUAUCUGUUGGCCAUUGGAUUGACGGCUCUGUCGACUAUCACCGAACGCAGAGAAGGACUUUUGGAGCGAUCACUUGUGGCCGGCGUUCAUAUGUACGAGAUAUUGAUGUCACACGUCUUCGUCCAGAUUAUUAUUCUCGUCUUUCAGACCAGUUUAGUGAUGAUAACAGUGUUUAUGUUCUUCAAAAUCGACUGCAAAGGCAGUUAUCUUCUGGUGUUUCUCUUAUCCAUACUUCAGGGCAUAUGUGGGAUGUGUUUCGGUCUAUUAGUGUCAGCCAUAGCCGAGAACACGAGGACAGCGCUCAUCAUAAUAGUGGGCUCUUUGAUGCCAUAUCUCAUUAUUUCGGGUAUUGUUUGGCCGCUCGAAGGCAUGGAUUCGUGGGUUCAAUGGGUGGCCACUCCUAUGCCGCAGACAUUACCGGUGAUUGCCUUAAGGAAUGUCAUAUUCAAGGGAUGGGGUCUUAAGCGUACUUUAGAAAUACUUAUGAAACCAAUAGAGUUGUCAAUAGAGAGCAUUGGUCUCAAGAGUGACACAAACAUCAGAAGAAUGUCUUCAGGAAGUGAUUCUACGAAAGUUUAUCCGAAAGACAGUUUCGACAGAUUCGGUGAUGAUUUGUGUAAAACCGAUUCAGUUUUGAAUGUCUGUCCAAACAAUGGCAGCGAAGAGUAUUCACGACACAAACAGAUCUCAUUUUUCCUUAUAAUCCAAAGCUUAUAA